GGGCUUUACUCACAAUGAAACACAGAUUGAUGCAUUUCUGCCCGCAUGCGUGCAGGUCAUGGAUGUGAGUAUCCUCUUCGACAACAAUCUGAUCUCCGACAUUGACUCUCAAGACCCAGCUCGACAAAAGGAUAUCCUCGAAGUAAGACGGAUGGACGACAGGAUCUCUUCAUCUGAUGGCCUGCAUCCCCUCUGCCCCGUCCCUCCGUGAUUAGUGCCUGUGUCACCUGUAUUCCCUCGUGACGGAGGAGGAUGCCGACAAACCAGACAGCAAGGCCAAGCGCAAACACGCGGAGCGGCGGCCGUUUCUGCACCCCGACGACAUCGCCGUCGAGAUCCGCGCAUACGCCACCGAUGAGGACGGCACAACCACGCUGGGCGGUGUCACCAAGCCCAACCUCCUGUGGCUGCAAGCCAGGAUGGCCAUGAUGCCCAAAGUCGUCCAUGUCAACGCCGUCGACUCGGCCAUACAGGUAAGUAGGUCGCUGAAGAACAAGGCAUAAGGAGUGAGACGGGAAGGGGUCGACGUGUGCAUCGUCACUGGUCUGCCUACCGCUUGAGCAGGGUGCGGUGACGUUCAACCAGGGCAAGGCGUUAGAUCUGUUGCUCAAGUGCAAGAAGGAAAUACUUUUGAGGAACCAGGACCUCAACUUCCAUCGGAUGCUCAUCGAGCCACCGCUGCAGCUCGCUAAGCCAGAACCAGCCACCAUGAUCACCAAAGGUACCGUCGCUCAAUCGAGUCAAGCCACAACGUACCCAACUAGCUCUACACUAUAUCCAUGGUGUGCAUGUGGGUAUGUGUCCGUAGAUUACGUGCCGACCCCCAUGGUGACCCAGGCUGUGAUGCUCGGCAACCUCCGCAUGCUGGUGGUACGCGUGGAUAAGUGAGGCAGCUCUAUACCAAAAUCAAAGUGCGCCGCUCACCCCCCUGAUUUGUAUCAGAAACUGGCACAGACGGACGAGGUGGACACCGAGGCCAUCGGACCGAUAUGCAUCCUGCGCAAACGUCAGUUAGCCACGACACGAGGAUGGAUGGCUGCCUGAGCGGGUAAACUGACGCGGGGAUGGUGUGUCUGCUGUGAUUUCUUUGGUCAGCAAAGCAAAUUGAAUACGUCACUUCGUCUCCGUUGGGCGCCGCGUGCUUCUGGGCGAGACCCAACGAGGCCAAAUUCCUCCUCAUGAAAAGUACAAGCGCGAGCACAGGGCAUCAGAAUGACCGUGACUGUCCCCUGCUCAGACUCUGACAUGAAGAAGGGUUACAAGUUGGAGGUGAUCGUCAAGGACAAUCUCGAGCGCGAGAGACCCAUCCUGCAGACCAACAUACAAAACCCACACAGCCCACACACCAACAGAACACCGCGCAAAAGUACGUCGCAAUAGAGCCGGGCAAUACAAAAAACACCGACAAGGCAACCAUAACAUGCCCUCUGUUCGUCUCUUUCCUGUUGAUUGGAUUGCGUCAGGUCGUUGGGAUUCCGUCACGUUUGUGCACAUGGCGUGCGAAGGACCACCCAGAGGCGAGCGCUCCAACCUAGUGCGCAGGACUAUCGCCAAGACACACACUGCCGCUGACCCACCCGCCGCCGCCGCUGCUGCAUCAUCCUCAAGCGAGCGACCGAACGAGGACGUCGAAAUAGAGACUGGUCAGGGCACACACUCGCACAAAAGUCCCUGUCAUGUCAUGUCAUGUUGUGCCAUGUUGUGCCAUGUUGUGUUGUGUUGGGUGCACCCUCCAUCCGUCCACUAAUCUGCCUCAGUAGAGUGGGUUGAGAAUCGCCACAGUGAGGAUGAGCUGGAGCGCGAUGCGGUUGAGCUGCUCAAGGUGCUCAAGGAGUACGGCGGCGAAGACUUCGCCGCCGGUCUUCGGCAGCCAGACAGCGAGGGCAACCUGCCCCUCCACGUGGCGGCCAGGGCCGGCAGGAAGAAGCUGGUCAGGUGGCUACUGGGCCCCGACAUACUGCCCCUCAUCGACGUUGCCGCCGUCAACAGGGACAAUGAAAGCGCAGAGAGAAUGGCGGCCAAGCGGGGACACAAGGUCAGUCGCUUACAAUGACAGAUUGCAGAUCAAUGAAGAAUUGAAUUCCCUAUGUAUGUUCAUGCCCAUUAUCUGAUCGUCACAUGUCGAUAUAUUGCCAGGAUUGUGCUGAGUUGAUUCGCAAGACGGCUGAGGCGGACCAGAAGAAGGCGGACCAGAGGGCCGCUGAGAACGCCCGCAAACUCAUCGCGGAGGAAGCCCGCAAAGGCAGGAACAAGCAGAGCCAACGAAAGGUGGAAGCGGGGGUGAAGGACACAUAGCGACAGCUGACAUCCAUCAGACUGCCAAGACAGAUACGGGCGCUUCCAUCCACGUGCUGUGAAUGUCUGCAGAAGGGUCGCAGCGGGUCAAAGGAGAAGACCGCAGAGGAGCAAGGUGCCGCACAGGCCGAGCAAGCCCCUGGCCACAUGCCAUUCCUCUCGGCAACACGGAGGUCCUCCAACCAAACACAAGUCGACAGUAAGCCAGCCAAACACAAGUCGACGGACGAAGCGACAUUAAACUGUGUACCUGUCUCUGUCGCUUCGUCCGUCCCAACCAACAGGUUCUGCUGCCCCUGCCGUGGGAGACGUCGACGGCGACUCAGACAUGGUGGUCGGCGGGCCGAUGUCGAGUUCGCCUCAACCCGGGGGAGACCUGUCGACCACGUGAGCAUAUCACUGCAUCGCCAGGUGCUCGCAAUAUGGAGCGUGCCUUCGUCCAUUGCAGACUCAACGAAAACAUGAGUGGCGUGCCGUCCUCUUCGGUGCCCUCCGCUGCCGCAUCCAUUAGGUAUGUCAGCCAGCCACCUCAGACCAUGGCUGAUGGAACUGUUUACCUCAUGUGUGUGGUGUGCACUCUAUGUGUAGUCGGGCUUCUGCUGCGGACGAGGCUGAAGCGGAUGUACCGGGACCCUCUUCGUCCAUCGCCGACACGUGAGCAGUCGAUGCACUUGACGUGGCGCCCAACUCCAUCGGCCUCUCGACUGUCUGUCUGUUCUGACCUCUCUUGCUGCAGGUCUGCUAUGCCAUCCCGCUCAGCAUCGCUGGCAGAUGGCGAUCGGUCUGGUGAUGGUAAUGAGGCGGUCGGUUCGGCGGCUGGUGGAAAUGACGACAGCGAUGAUGAGGACGGCGACGCUAUGCUGCUCAAAUCGGCGUUCGGACAGCAAGCACGACAACAGCUGAGCGAGGGCAGGAAGAAGAAGAAGAGCAAAGACAAACACAACACCAAGCCGACCCCGACGCCCACAUCUCAGCCGAGCCAGCCGUCCCGCCCCUCAUUCCCACACGCAGCCAAGGCCACCGAGAUGGGACGGCCGGCGACUAGUACUGCUGCCGAGAGUCGCUGCCAUGGCGGCAACGCGCCAAUUCCGAUGCCAUUCCCAGCUGCCAUUCCCCUCUUCUCCAAGGACCGCUUCAAGACGUCACCUGGCAAUGGGGGAGUGUUCCCUCCUCUGCCGAAGCGUCUGCCGGUGCCCGACCCACUGCCAUCUGACGAUGACAGUCCGUCUGGCGGUGCGUCGCCUCUCCCCCGGCCCAUGGGAGGUCGUGGGGCUGGGAGGGGCCUUAUGACGAUGUUUGCCCACCAGCCGCCCCCGAUCCCCUCCAUCCCGCACCCCCGACUCCCAUCGGCCGAGGAGCUGCGCAACAGACCGUCACUGCAGCACACUGGACAAGACCACCAACAGCAGCCGACACGGGAUGAGGGGCCGAGGUGAGAUCCGUCGUCACAUCCAUGCGGUCGGUUGCACACGCCAGAUGUCCGUUGUCCCUCUACGUCUCCUGCAGCCUUUCUACGGAUUCUCCUUCGGUGAGUUCGUCUACUCUACCGGAUUUCCACGCCCACGUGGUGGGGGACCGUCGUGGGGGUGGUGAUGAGCGCCUGGCUGGCCAGGUGGACGUGGAGACCGAUGGAGGGGCGGCGGGGCAUCGUGACGACGGGCGUGUGAGUGUUGUAGACGAGACUGAGGCGAUGCGGGCCAGGUGAGAGGUAGCUAGGCAGUUGACCGAUGGGGAGAUCUCUGCGCCCGUUUGUCAGGUUUGCUGCUGAGUUGCUGCGCAGGGACCAGCAGAUCGAAGCCCUGCGGUGAGAGAAGAGAGGGAGGAAAGAGAGAGAAGGAUUGAUUAAUCACCGGUGUCUGCUUGCAGGCAUGAGUCGAUUGCCGCGCAUCGAGAGAUUGAGCAGUACGCAGCCACCAACGCACCCAUCCACUUCCUCUGUGCCUUCUUUGGUCUCUGUGCAGGCUGCGUGAGGCUCAAAUGGCGGGCGAGCAGACCGUCGCCGACACUCUGGCGGCCAACGAGUGCCUCCAGGCGAAUAUGCGUCAAGCCAAUGCGGUCCAUCGCCAGCAGCUCAGCCAACAGCACCAGCAGCUCACCAGGUGCGCACACCAAACAGGCAGGCACAAGGCCAUGUGGGUCUUGUGUGUGUUCAGUGACAUCGAUCGCGAAAAGUCUGCAAAUCAGCAGCUGCAGCACCAGUUCGAGCGGCACAAGCGGUCAGGCACAUACAUUCAAGAACGAUGUAAUGAGACUCAUUUAUUGAUGUUUGCUCUUUGGACCAUUGCAUGCGUCGCGUCAGGGCCGCCGCGGAGAGGGAGGCGUCACUCCGACAGGAGAACGCAUCGCUCAAACAAGACAACACAGCACAGGCACACGUCAUCGCAAUGUACGCACCUACCUACCUACGACACACAGAUAACACACAUCGUGAAAGGGAGCCCUCUGCUGUGCUACAUCUUCCUGCUCCUGUCUGUCGGUCGGUCGGUCGGUCUGUCGGUCGGUCUGUCAGCCUCGGCGAAGCCAAUCGGGCGCUGCAGGUCGACAUAGGUCAGCUGCGGAGCAACCAAAUCGACAAGUCAGUACUACUCAUCCAUCUUCCCCAGCAAGACGUGUGUGUGUGUGUGUGUGUGGUUUAGGUUGAAUGAGGCCUUCGAGAGCCUGACGACGGAGGCUGAGCUCAACGGGUUUGCCGUGCAGCUGGCGGCCCGGCAGACGGCCAUCAUGACGAGUGAGCUGCCCCAGCUGCAGUCACUCAUCACCAGGGCACACCAGAGGCAUAUGCAUGCCCGCAGCCAGGCGCAGCAGGCGGCCCAUGAGAGGCAGCAGGCCGAGUUGCGGCAGCAGAUGCAGCGCCAGAUGGAGGAGCGCACCGACUGUCAAGUGUGCCAUGAGAUAGAGAGGUCGGUGGUGCUGCAGCCGUGCGGCCACUUCUGCAUCUGCCAGCAAUGUGCGCAGAACCUGCAGCCCCCCGAGUGCCCACUGUGCCGGCAGGUCUUCACCAGCUGGACCAACGCCAUAUUCUCGUGACAAGAGAUCGACCCACUGUGGGUGUGUGGAGGGGUGGGUGCUGGGGCGGGCUGUGGUGUGUGGUGGAAUGCGUGGUGGGUUUAAGAGCUUUGCUGUCGUGUGUGGGCGUUGGUGUCGGUGUCGCCUGUGUAUGGGUUCGAAUUCAUAGAUGCAUGUAUGAAUCUCAUUCCCUUCUGCAUACCGACAGUAAGUUGGUGUAUCAAUCUGUGGCGUGUACAUGCAGGGGUCUCGCCCAUGUGGGGGCCACCACAUACGGCCGAGGCGCACACGGCGCAGGUAUCUUGUCGUGUGGGUCAGUGCGUCAAUCAGGUUCUUUCGUACCAUGUGGCCGUUUUUGUCUGUCAUUCACUCCAUUGCAUACAUACAUACAUACGAACGUCUGUGUAUGUGUGCCGCUUUAUGUACGUAUGUAUGCACGUGUACGUGUGUACGUAUUGGCUUUAUGUAGUGCGUGUGUCCACAUACUGCUCGCUGCAUGUCCGUGUGCGUGUGCAAGUGCGUGCCGGCAUAUCUAUUUAUCCACACACGUGUGGAUGAACUCGACUACUCAAUCCUCUCAGUUGCACACACACGGU